UCUGAAGCAAGUCCAAGUCGAUUGGUAGAAACAUGUUCAUGUAGGGCGCUUUUAUUGCGGCCUGGAUCUCGUGCUGGCAAGUUGGUUGUAAGUCUCUGUAUGGAGCAGGUCGGUAAGAAGUGCAGGACUACAUAGUUACUGGUUACUAGAGAUACACACAACCGUGAAUAAUUUCUACAAGAACUACGCCAUGUCUCCCUUCGCAACCAACCCUGACCACGAAAAGGCAUGGCAGCAAGCCAUCAGUACUACAACUCGUGCCCGAGCAACAAGUGCAACAGCUGGCAAAGAAUCGGCAAACCUAUUUCUAUUUGCGUCAAGGAACCAGAACCACGUGUGUAGUACAACACCAGGAGCAGGAGCUGCAUCAGGAACAGCGGCUGUGGGUGUUGACUCGAGAGCAGGGUCCCCCGAUUUUGAAGGUGGAAUUGGAGGAGGCGGUGCUGUAGCAGGAGCAGCCAGCACCGCCGAAAAUAAAACCGUACAGCACCAGCGCUAUGGUACAUCUCUCCUGCACACCCUGCUUUUCGCGCUCUUCCGCUUUCUGGACAACCACAAGAAGAAACUCCUCUUUCUCGGUCUCCCGACGAUCGUCAUCUUUCUCUACCUCCGGAAACUGUACCUGAAAUAUUUGAAGCCGAUUCUAGAACUGGUCCGAGCCACGCAAGGCAUGGGAAAUAUGAUGGGCUCGUCGUCUGUUGGUGGUGGCAAAGUUGGUGGUGCGCCAGGAGGCGCAGAACAAGGCUCUGCCACCGCGACGGGCAUUGGAAAUACUGCGUUACCCGACCAAGAUUUCAACGAGCAAGAACUGGAGAAGAUGCUGAAAUCGCUGCUGAGUCUCGGCAGCGGAGACGAAGACGACAACGAUCCGCAAAACCAGGCGUUACUUCAAGGCUUGCUGGGAAGCACCGGUUCCGGAAUUACGGGCGGGAGCGCCUCCUCCGCCCAAGGAAGUCCGUUGGAGGAGCUGCUGAGUGGGGCCGGGUCCGGAGGGUCCUCGUUCCUGCAAAACAUGAGCAACCUUAUGAACGAUGGGGUUGCUGCGCCGACGUCGUCGCACAAUCAAAAUCAUGUUGACAGCAGUUCGAGCGACGUGGCCCAGGAGCUGUUUAUUACCUACCAGGAGCAAGAUUUUUUUUCGCAACAGAGCUUCCAAACGUAUUUGAAUUUCGACGAAAUCCAGUACCAACUCUACUUGUCUUAUGGGUGUGUCAGGAUUGAAAUCGACAAAGUUGAAAUAACUUGUAAUGCAUAAAAUGGAUGAGUAAAGUUGUGACCCAGUUUCCAAUUGGCGCAACACAAAUUUGGGUAGAGCCGCAAUCCAGUUUGUCAUGCUGUUUGGGUAAGAAAGACGCCUUUUGUCAUGCUACUCUAGCAGCUCAGUGUCUACCCCUCAACAGGCUUGCAAUCUGCCUCACUUGCCUACUCUGCAAGACAGGCACUUUGAGGGCUGCGUUUUAUGCAUGACAAACUAUUUCAUUUUCAACUUUGACGAUUUCAAAUCUGACGCUUCCAUAUGUCCGAUGCCUCGGUCUCCGAAAACUUGUCUGUGAUCCGUUCCGAAUUGUUUGACAAGGUGUUUCGGACCAACAUCGAGGCCGCGGCAGCAAGGAUUCGGCAACUCAACGAGAUUGGCAAUGGCUCGGCUUGCAAUGGCGAUGAUGUCGUGUUGGCAGCGGACCAUCUUCAUGGGCGGACGCCGGAGGCCGCCACAACCUCGAGGGACAAAGAUGUUGGAAGCGGGCUCGCCGCUAGUACUUCGUCUAGUACAGCUGGUGCUCUAGUGCUGCAACAUGCGACCUCAGCACACCAGCACCAGCAGCAGCUAACUUUUGUGCAGGAGAAACAGCUCGUAUGGGAUGGAAAACAUUUAAGUCUAGUACGCUCUUCGCUUUGCAGUUGAGGUUCAGAGCUGAUGAAGAAGAUUUUUUUGCAUGAAAUUAUCAAAGAGAAGAAAGCUUGUCAUUUCUAGCGGGACAAUAUCGACCUCACGCAGCUGAGCAGUUCUUUUUCAUGUGUUUUUCUAUCCGAUACCUAGCGGAGAAGAAGGAGAAGGCGUUCCACGAGUUGCAGGCACUGUGCUUGGCGAAACUUUUGACGGGAGUCGUGUGCCUGAGCGCGGUGGCGCUGCAGAACCGCGUGUGCACUGUCCUGAUUCUGAAACGCAAUCGGGCGGUGUUUCUGCAGGAGUACUGCAAAAGCUGGAGGGAGUACUACGGAGUAAACGAAGAAGAUCAUGGAGGAGGUGAAGUACAACUACACCCAGUGCACCAGGGCAGCAGCAGCAAGAGCACGAAGUGUCAGACUGCUGAGCGUGCUCCUGGCAUGGUGGACCACGUCGACAAUCAGAAGUACAAGGAAGAAAUAACCAAAUAUCUACAACUCGUGCGGAACUGCUUUUCUUACAACGCUAGCGGGAGCGGAGGUCGAGGUGAGGAGGACGGAGCAGGUUCAUCCAUAAAUAACACCGGGCAGCUGCAAGAACACGAAACAGAUCAUGUUCAUGUUGCUUCUACGCCACCUUAUCCUUGUCCUGUUGACAAUCAGGCCCCCGCAGCUGCCAUAUCAUCUUCAUCUUUGGUCGACAAGAUUUUUGACAAGGGUCAGAUUUUGGUGGAAAAAGUUUCCGCCAAGUUGGAGGGUUUCGUCGCAAAACACGUCUUUGCUGACAGUGCGUCUGUUUCCCAUGAUGAAAAUGCUGAUUCCCGGGCUCUUGCAGGCAGGAGUCGCACGGCAGGAACGGGAGAGAGUGGCGUUUCGGAGAUGUUAACAGCACCCGGAUUACAACAUUCACCUGUGCCCGGUAGUACUACCAGUACAACUACGGGGAACGACUGGGCGGCCGAGUUUGCGGAAAAAAUGCAAGAAAAUGGGCAACAUGAUGAUCUACAAGUUCAAGGGAACAACAAGCCGAAACAGGUGCAACAAGACAGUCGUGGUCGCGGCGCCGACACCAGCACUCCUGCUACGACCGUCGCAUCGCGCUCUCCUGCCCCUGACGAGAACAGUACGAAAAGCAAAAUACCACUUGCUCCCUUCACCGCUGCAACGGUGGAGCGAUUGCUGCAAACUACCAUCCACUGUCAGACGGAGAAAGGGCUCAAAAACUUGGCGGAUUCGAUUCUACCGGACGUGAAAAGCACGUACGCCGAGUACCUAGAGGAAAACCGGCUGCAGCAGCGGCUGACAGAAAGGGUCUCGGCCGAGGAUUUAAAGCCGUUGUUUGUGGGGAAAGUCCUUGCAGGGAUGAAGUUAUUUCGACGACAAGAAGAGCUACUUGCUCAGCGGCGGGCGGACGAAGCAAGAGACUGUAAUAUAGCGAGAGGUAGAGCUAUCAAUUUCAAUUUGCAGUGGAAGAGCUUGCUGCUAGCACAGGAAGAUCAGCGGAAGGAGGAAACAAGCAGAAGUUCUUGCGACGUAGUAGACGAGCAGAAGAACUACACUACAACUUCCAUUAAUUCGGCAAUGGGAAGAGAACCAGCUGCUGCAAGUCCGGCAGCCACACGCGGCGAAGAGGCAACAGCUACAGAACAUCAAGCUGCGGAUGAAGACCACCAGCAGCAGCAAGCCACUACGCAGCGGCUCCUUCUUGCGGAGCAGGAGGAUAUCCUGGAGUCUCCCCACUUUCACAACGCCGUGGUUUCUACGACUCACUCCCUGUUGGACGUGCUGCACCAAGCAGUGGUGGCGUACGUUGAGGAAAAUGGCGAAGAGAUCGCCACGCCAACUGCCGCUAUGAUGGUUGAGACCGUCGGGCAGGGUGGCAGCACCGUGUUGACAGGACCAGAUGUAGACGAGGUACAGGAGGUACAAAUAGGGGCACCAUCUUCUUCGACAUCAAACUCCGAGGAUGUUAGACUUAGGAGGCGAACGAAAAACAUGGACGACGAGGUUUUUGGUGCGCCGGAAGAGGAUCAAGCCGAUGAGGAAAUGUUAGCUACUACAAGUAGAGCAGCAGCAGCAGUGGCUGCAACAAGUGCAGAAAGAUCAAUACUGGAAAAUCAUCAAGAUCAGGGAAUAGACCCCCGAAGGCAACACUCCCCUGCUGGUGAAGAAAACCGUGAACGACCACCAAAAACGAAAACCAUCGAGAUUGGGAAACUGGUGCCAUUCCUCUGUCAGCAAGCCGAGGUCAUGUUCGAAUUUUUGGAGGGAGAGCUUGACGAAAACGGGUAUCAAUCGCAGAACCCCUACAUGCAAGCCAUCAAUGCCAGCAACGAGAGGGAAAAUAGUCCAGAAUUCAUGCUGAUGAAGGCCAUAUUGCAAGCGGGGUAAGAAGAUGAAAAAGAAGAAGUUCUUGAUGUAGUAGUUCUUGUGCCAGCACCAGGUUUAUUACACAAAUAAUUGAGUCUUCACGUUAACGUUUACAUUUACAAAUGGGCACCUGUUGUUGGUUUUCGCGUGCUGGCACCGAGAGUUGUAGUUCUGGUGUGAAAUUGUAAUUGACACAGGAUGGAUCGUGCAGUUUUUGUUGUAUCCACAAAGUGGAGGAAGGGAGCGACCUGUAAAUGGAACCUCCUUGUUGUGUUUGCCUGAAGGUGAAAAUCAAACUAGCUCCGCCUGAGCGACGUGUAGUCAACUCUGCUCAAUGAAGAUGCACGAUGACAAAUCUAACGAGUCCGCAGUGGGCAGAAGAUAAAAAUGGUCAGCAC